AUGACCCACUGCUGCUCCCCUUGCUGCCAGCCCACUUGUUGCAGGACCACCUGCUGCAGGACCACCUGCUGGAAGCCCACCUGUGUGACCACCUGCUGCAGCACACCCUGCUGCCAGCCCACCUGCUGUGUGUCCAGCUGCUGCCAGCCCUGCUGCCGCCCAACUUGCUGUCCAACCACCUGCUGCAGGACCACCUGCUGCCAGCCCACCUGCUUCUGCUGUCAGACCUCCUGCUGCCGACCAACCUGUGUGACCACCUGCUGCCAGCCCACUUGCUGUAGGUCCAGCUGUUGUGGCCAAACCUGCAGUGGGUCUAACUGCUGCCAGUCCAGCUGCUGUGCCCCUGUGUACUGCAGGAGAACCUGCUACCAUCCUACGUGUGUCUGUCUGCCUGACUGCCUAGGCCAGUGCUGCGGAUCCAGCUGCUGCCAGCCCUGCUGCCGCCCUGCUUGCUGCACGUCCAGCUGCUGCUAA